AGGCAACCGAACUCGCGUUCAUAAACACUUACACGAGUAUGUUGCCCCGGUGACGUUGGUAUUGGUGAUAUAAACUUGAAGACGAAGGCGACCGAGCCAAAGACCUGAAAACCGUUACCGGGGCACAACGAGGAGGUCUCCAGUCUCGGUUUGUCGCUCGUCCCAACGACUGAGUCAAUUUUUGAAAAUUCUCAACAAAGAAACGGUGGGGAAAUUUACUUGAGAUUAUUGUCUCAUCAUGAAGUUAAUUAGCCUCAGUCUUGUGAUUUUUAUGGCGCUCGGGGUGAACGCCGGAAUCACGAGGAAACAGCCCCAGUACUCAAAACCUAUUUACUCCAACUCCUAUUUACCAGCUGCAAUGCAGGUAAUUUUCUAUGCGGUAGAUCAGAUAAGAAAUUUCCCGCCGGAAGAGGGUGAGUUAAGCUCAUCAACGACCCUCCCUACAACACUUCCGCACGCCCCAGGACAGCACCAGCCACCUCCAGGAUCCCCAACACCGCUCCCAGUGCUGCUGCUGGCGCAGACAGAGAGACCUCUGGAGAAGCCCCCGCAAGCGACGGUAAUCGUCGAAUCUCCGAUAAUCACCUCCAGCACUCCAGCGCUGGAGCAGAAGCCGGAGUUGAGUGAGGAAACUCCGGAGGCUGUUUACGGUACUCCAGAGACCAACCACGAGACCCCAGAAGCAUCACAGGAAAUUCAGGAGGCCAACCAUGAGGCACCAGUCACGCCGAGUCCUCAGGAUGACCCCACGUCCCCCAUUGAUGGUCUGGCGACAGACCAGGGGUCAGCUGGGGCACCUCCAGAGGCCUCCACCAUGGAAACUACUGAUAAGAACACUGGGAAGGGUCAUGGGGACCCGGGGAAGAGGGGUGAGCCGACUAUUGAGAGCGUCGUGAGGGAAAUUUAUGGAAUCGUCAAGGAGAACAGGAGCAAGGACUCCUCGGGGUCCAGGGAAUCCACUGGGGGAAAGAGAAGUGAUGAGGACAGUGGGGAGAAUGAGGGGGAGGAGUAUCACCAGAACAGAUUUACGAUGAUCGGUGAAAAGGUGGUCCAAGUACCUCGGCCAAGUCUAUUAGCCUACCUCAAACGAGCAAGGAUAACAAUCCGCUGUUCCCUGGAGCAAUUAGCCAUACUAUACGAUGCACUGAGUAAAGAUGCAAGAAGGCAGGGCUUCGUCAAGUUCUCGGGUUACACUGACGAGGUACUGCGUACCCUCGAGACCAGUGCAGAGGGUGGAAUUGGUCCCCAACUUCAGCGACUAUUGGAGAAAAUCGUGGAGCGUAAGGAAGUCACCAGGGAUGAUACUAAAGCAAAGAUAACGGAGGCACUCAAGGAUCUCAAGGAGCCCGGGAGCAAUUUGAAUAGUGACCUGAGACGUCUGCUUCCCCUCAAGUUCAAAAUAUGA